AUGAUUCACAUUUCAAGGACACUGAAGUUCUCCAACUGUGGAAACUUGAACUUAAUAUCCCACGUGUCCUCUGACCAAGACCUGAGCCCCAUGGUAACAGGAAGAAGACAAAGGUCUCGCUCCUAUGACAGCCUAGAGGAUAGUAGAGGCUAUGGUAUGCCAGUACAGACAGUAGAAACCAUUCUAAGACCUCGCUCAAGGUCAUUUUACAGUUAUGAGUCAUCAUCUGAUAUUGACGUGGGGAACUUUUCGAGGUUCAGUCCUCUAAGACAGAGAGCAAGCUCCCAACUGAAACAUCAAAUGUCCAAAAAGGAGAAUAAUGCUGGGGAUCAAUCCAGUGCUAAAAUUUCCCCUAAGAAGUCCAAACCAAACAAGCUCAGUGGCAGUAAAGGCAAUGCCAGGUCAGUGUCUAUGAUGACCAUCUCUGAGUUGGACAACUGGGAGAUCUGCUCCAGCUCGGGGAUGAAGUACGGACAGUUUGUGGACUGGGAGAAGAUCGAUCCUGAAGCUGCAAGUAAAUAUGAGCAGAUCCUAAAGAGCGAGCACCAGCAGCUUAAAACCAUGGGUCGAGACGGAUUCUGGGCCAUGCCGCACACUCUGAGGGCCAAGGCGUAUUAUCACAUCAUCCACAACAUCAACUCUAGGACCAUCUCACCAGACAGAGAUGUGUUUUAUGAUUUGGCCAAGAAACUUUUUGGAGAACAGAAACUUAGCACCCACCCAGUCCCAGAGUACAUGGAGGAUGGAGAAAUACCAAGAUACUGUCUCAACAAAGCAGGCAUGAAUUCAGUUAAAAAGAUCCUUCUUUGCCUUGGCGACUGUUUCCCAGACAUGAGCUUCUGCCCGAUCCUUCCUGCUUUGGUCUCUCUCAUCCUUCAUUUCAGCGAAGAUGAAGCAGAGUGUUUCUACAGUGUGUCUUGGCUUAUUUGCUACAAAGACCCCAAUAAGCGUUACAUUGACCAGACUUUCCUGACCUACCGCGCUUCCUGUAUGACAUUCGGUGACCUUGCUAACAGGUGUUGCAGAGGAAUUCGUAAGCUGAUUGCGAGCGCCCACCAAAAUCUCUUUGAGUUUUACUCUGACUGGAUCAUGUGGAUCUUUGCUGAUCUUCCAUUCACCUAUGCCAUCAGAGUUUUGGAUGUGUACAUACUAGAGGGCUACAAGGUUCUCUACAGGAUAGCGCUGGCUUUGCUCGAUCUCUACAAAGUGUCUGUGUCAUCUCGAGUGGCAGAUGUGGAGGACUUCCGAACAGAUAUGAAACGUUUUGUACAGAGUGUAGCUCGCCACUGUACGAUUGAGAAGCUUCUAGAAAGAGCCUUCCAAAUCCCCAUUGCUACACGGAGUGAACUGAACCUCCUGUUUAAUGCCAAUAAGAACGCCCUAAUGGGAAAAGGUGUCAGCACAAACCAAAAGAGGCAGAUGGUGGUAACAGUAGACUUUGCCAACGUCAGGUCCGAUGUUGUGACGGGGACUGAGAUGGGAGUCAUCUGGGCCUGGAUCCCUGAGCGCGUUGCUCUUUUCAGCCCCAUUAGGUUGUUCAGUACAGCAGAACAUGGAAGAGGUCUUGCUUCAUUUUAUUCACAAGUGGAAGGGCAUGAACCAGUGGUCAUCAUUAUCAAAACAACUGACGAAGAGGUGUUCGGAGCGUUCCUGUCAACAGAUCUGAUAGAAACAAGAAGUCACGAUGCACAAGGACUCACAUAUUUUGGAACAGGGGAAUGUUUUGUUUUCACGCUCCGUCCCAAUAUGGAGCGUUACCAACGAGCAAUGGUCAACAUAAUGACCCAAAGAGGUUCCCCUCAGCAGGUUCGAGCCAACAUCGAUGCCUCCUCUCACGUGUCAAAGAGUGGUAAUACCCAAAUCAAUGUCAAAACUCUGAACAGUCCAACUGGAACCCUUCAGAAGCCAAACUGUCUGACCGUCCCCUUUACAACACUGUCAAACCCCAUGAAUGCAAAAGAGCCCAAGAGACCCAAGGAUCAAGAAGCCUCAAAGUUUAUUGCAGGAGAUGACUCUCAGCUCAUUAUAGGUGGUGAUGGUGGCCAUGCUCUCGGUUUGUGUGAAGACUUAGAAGAAGGAUACACCGAGCAUUGUGACACGUUCAGCAGCAACCCUCUUUGCAAGGGACAUUUUCAGAUCCAGUGUCUUGAAGUUUGGGGCAUCCAGAACUCUAUUUACUUUUCUCACAGGUUUUCUUCUCAGUAG